AUGAACGUUAUUUGUGGAAGGCUUUUUGCCAGUUCAAGUAGUAGAUUAGACAAUGUAUCUUUGGCUAAAAGGAUCAUCUCUCAGACGAAAGUAAAAGAUACCAAGAAUGCUGGGGAAUCCGACAAUAUACUCAAUGAAACUAAGAAAGUAAUAGCAUCCAAACGAACAACGAAAGUGGUUACGAAAAAUAAUUUCUUGGAAUGGGUUUCAUUCAAUUCUUCCUAUAAUUCUCAUUAUCAUUAUCCAGGUGAAAAAGAAAUGAACCCUAUAAAUCACUUCUUCAAUACAGCUAGUGUCAAGUACGAAUGGGGUGUUUCAGCGUUCGGCGAUAUACCUAACGAGCAUUUGAAUAAAUUGUAUGGAAAUACUAUUUCAAAUGCUGGUAAUUCGAAACAAUUUCCUGGGAGGACUUAUGUUCCUUACGAUAUUGUUAAAAGUUUGCCAGAAGUUAUAUUUAUUAGUCGUACAAAUGCAGGGAAAUCCACUCUACUGAAUAACCUAACCACAUCUUUCAACCAAAAUCGAUUGGAUGUUUCUGCUAAGAUGUCUAAAAGUGCAGGGUUUACCAAGACGUUGAAUUGUUUCAAUAUCGGUAAUCGAUUUCGAUUAGUUGAUUCUCCAGGAUAUGGAUUUGGAAGUGAUAUAAAGCAAGGUAUCAUUACUAUGGACUAUUUGAAAAAUAGGAAGGAACUGAUGAGAUCUUAUUUAUUAGUCCCUGGUCAUAAAGGCUUCAAUGAGCUCGAUCUGCAAAUGGUUGAUUUUAUGGUAGCAAAUGGUAUAUCCUUCGAAGUUAUCUUCACACAAAUGGAUAGAGUUAAGGAUAUUGAAACAUUUAGAAAGAUGCUUGAUGCUAGUAAUGUUCGUAAUUUAUCUACAUUACCUCAGCUGAUCUUUGUCAAUUCCACUCUUUCAAAACAUUGUCGGAAGAGAUUUGGAAUCGCAUAUCUUAGAUAUUCUUUAUUCCAAAGUUGCUCGUUGGAACCUGGUAUAAGACCAUUGAGAAAGAAAUGA